AUGCGGAAGCCUUUAGAAUUUGAGGAAGGAGAGCAUGUGUUUUUGAAGGUUACUCCAACAAUCAGAGUGGGUAGAGAAAUUAAGACGAAGAAACUGAAUCCCCAUUACAUCGGUCUAUUUAAGAUUCUGAAGAGAAUUGGACCAGUAGCCUACAGGAUUGCCUUACCGCCGCAUCUGUCGAACCUGCACGACGUGUUUCACGUGUCGCAUCUUUGGAAGUAUAAUCCCGAUACAAGUCAUGUUCUGGAACCGGAAUCGGUUCAAGUAAGAGAAGAUCUGACACUUCCAAUAAUCCCGGUUAGGAUUGGCGACACCAGCAUCAAGCGAUUACGCGGAAAGAAAGAAUCAUUGGUCAAAGUAGCUUGGAGUCCGGCUAGUAUCGAAGAACAUACUUGGGAACUCGAAUCAGAUAUGCGAAAGGACUACCCACACUUCUUUUCAGGUAACUAA